AUGAAAUAUUGAAGAAAGCAGAAGUAGCAAAACAUUAGCAUAGCAAUGGGGAAAGAGAGUGAGCUAAGGUCAAUUUUUCUUCCUUUUCUGUCGAAUAGUCACAUAAUUCCUCUGGUGGACAUUGCCAGGCUCUUCGCCAUGAAAGGAGUAGACGUCACCAUAAUAACAACCCCAAAAAACGCCACCAUUUUCCAGAAGUCCGUAGACCUCGACUCCAGUCGCGGCCGCCCCAUCAGAACGCACUUGGUGACCUUCCCCGCCGCCCAAGUGGGGCUUCCACCGGGGAUCGAGGCCUUCAACGCCGACACGCCUCGCGAGAUGGCCCCCAGAAUCUACAUGGGUCUCGCCAUUCUCCAACCUCAGUUCGAACAACUAUUCCACGACCUCCGGCCCGACUUCAUCGUCACCGACAUGUUCCACCCUUGGACUGCCGAAGCCGCCGCCAAGCUUCGCAUUCCCAGGCUCAUAUUUCACUGCGGAAAUUAUCUCGCUCGUUCCGCUACGGUCAUGGUGCAGCAGUAUGCACCCCAUCUUGCAGCUAAAUCCGACAGUGACCGGUUUGUGAUACCUGGGUUGCCCGACAGGUUGGAGAUGACGCGGUUGCAGUUGCCGGAUUGGCUCAGGUCUCAGAACGAGUACACGGAGUUGAUGAAAAUGAUUGAAGAGUCAGAAAAAAAGAGCUACGGGUCCGUUUUCAACAGUUUCUACGACCUCGAGAGUGCUUACUACGAGCACUACAAGGGCGUGAUGGGGACCAAGAGUUGGGGAGUUGGACCGGUUUCGUUAUGGGCGAACCAGGAUGCUUCGGAUAAGGCUGUACGAGGGCACGCUAAAAAGGAAGAAGGAGAAGAAGAAGGGUGGCUUAAGUGGAUCAACACCAAAGCAGAGAAGUCUGUUUUGUACGUUAGUUUUGGGAGCAUGACCAAGUUUCCACACUCCCAGCUUGUUGAAAUCGCGCGUGCCCUUGAAGAUUCUGGGAAAGAUUUCAUUUGGGUGUUGAGGAAAAACGAUGAGCAUGGAGAAGGAGAGAAAUUUUUGGAAGAGUUUGAGAAGAGAAUGGAGGAAAGCAAGAAAGGGUAUCUGAUAUGGGGUUGGGCGCCGCAGUUGCUGAUUCUAGAGAAUCCUGCGAUCGGAGGAUUGGUUACUCACUGUGGUUGGAACACGGUGGUGGAAAGCGUGAAUGCGGGGUUGCCGAUGGUGACGUGGCCUCUGUUUGCGGAGCAAUUUUUCAUUGAGAAGCUGGUGGUGGAUGUGGUGAAAAUCGGGGUGGCAGUGGGGGCAAAAGAGUGGAGAAACUGGAAGGAGUUUGGUGGCGAAGUUGUGAAAGCAGAAGACAUUGGAAACGCCAUUGAUGUGGUGAUGAGCGAGAAGGGCGAGGAUAUGAGGAGAAGAGCGAAGACGCUAAGCGAUGCUGCUAAGAGAGCUAUAGAGGAUGGUGGCUCUUCUCACAACAACUUGAACCAACUGAUUCGAGAACUCAACCAGAUCAAACUUUCCAAAGCUCAAGAAACCUCACCCGCUCCUUCACACCACUUUUACCCUCGUCGUUUUGAAUAAGACCUGUCGUGUUUU